GACACAUUUCGUUACACUAGACGUGGUAUAAAUUUUUUUGACGUAAAGAAUCUGCGUAGACUUUAAUGUCUUUCUGUCUUUCCACCAAACUCCAAACUGACAGAAAAAGGUUAUGUGUGAUUUAUUUUCAAACUGAGCAAUUUCCAUCAAUCUGAGUUACAAUCCCGAAAAAAAUGUCUUCGUCAAACACCCGAAAUUCAUGUGAUAACGAAAAUUUGUGCGUCCUUUGCUUCAAAAAUGUCGACAUAUAUUCAGUGGGCAUAUGUGAUCAUGCAGUAUGUUUCGAAUGUUCUACUAGGAUGAGGGUACUUUGCAGACAGAAUGAGUGCCCAAUAUGCAGGGGUGAAAUGCCCAAGGUUAUUUUCACUAAAGAGAUCCAGUCGUUUACUACUCUUUUCGGAAAAUACUUUAAAACUAGUCAGCAGGAUCCCAAAUACGGUUUGAUAUUCGCUACAAACGAGAUCAAGAAGGAGUACAAUAGAAUUCUGGAGCAUAGAUGUUCAGUAUGUCCCAUAGACCAAUCUUGGCCUUUCAGGACCUUCAACCAGUUGAAGGAUCAUAUGAGAAGGGAACACGAACUCUUCUAUUGCGACAUUUGUAUCGAGAAUGUCAGAAUAUUCUCUUCUGAACGAAGGCACUAUACCCGACAAGAGCUGGGAAUGCAUCGUAGAAAAGGAGAUCCUGAUAAUACCUCUCAUCGUGGGCAUCCUCUGUGUGAAUUUUGUGACACUCGUUUCAUGGAUAGCGACGAACUAUACCGCCACAUGAGGAGAAUUCAUUUGUUCUGUCAUUUCUGUGAUGCUGAUGGUAGACACCUCUAUUAUAAGAACAUCCCUGAUUUACAGAAACACUUCAAAGAAGAACAUUACUUUUGUGAAGAGGGUGAAUGUAAAAUAGUUCCUUUAGCAUCGGCAUACAGGACUGAGAUUGAUUUGAAAGCCCAUAUUGCUGCAUUUCAUGGUAGACAUCUCGGGAAAACUGCAUCAAAACAAGUUAGGACCUUGGAAUUAGCUUUUACCUUAGCACCAAGAAGUUCAUCUAGUAGGAAAAACCAUGGUGAUCAAAACAGGGAGAACAGAUUAGUAGAAGAAGGAGCUGUAGGUCAUGAACCUGGAGUUCCAGGGGGCGGUCAAGAUCGUAUCUUUCACAACGCCCUAACGCCGAUGGAUUUUCCAGCCUUGGCAGGCUCGUCGAGCUCCUCCGCCCCUCAAUUUAGACAUACUACCAGUUUUGCCCAAAAGAACAGCUCGAAGAUAAACAUGAAUGAUUUUCCUAGCUUAGGAAAUAGGUCAAAUAGACCAACAUCUGGAGUUACGAUAACUGCAAGCAGCAAUUCAGAAGUAAGCAUAAGCAGGAAACAAAACCAGUUUCCCUCCUUAGGGAAACCUUCGACGUCUAGAGAGAGCACUGUUUUACUCAGCGUACACAAUAAUCAAGACUCCAAAGCUCCCAAGGUGUCCAUCCAAGUCAAUCACAAGUCCAACGGAAGCAUCCACACGCAGAUCACCACGACAACUGCAUCGAGUUCGCAAGGUACGAAAAAUCAGAGAUCCAUCGAAGAUUUUCCUGCUCUAGGGGGAUCCAGCAAGAAAGCUGUCAGUCAACCGCAGUGGGUUCAGGUGAAGUCCAAGAAAUCAGAAAAACCCAACAAAGUGGCCCCUGCCCCUCAACUGCCUCCUAAAGAUCUGAGUCAAUUUCCUGAUCUCCAAAAAGGUAAGCAAAACAAAAAGACGUCUAGCAUAAAAGUUCCUGUUUCAAAUAACUGGGUGAAUCUAACCUCGCUAUCGAAAGACCAAUCGAAUAACAACAAAAACAACGCCAAUACAAUGAAGCAAACAUCAAAAGAAAACCAAGAGCAGUGCAAAACCAACAAAAAAAAGAAAAAAGCAAAGUCCGCACAAGACAACCAAGAACAGGAGAACAAACGGACAAACUCCAAAAAUGAAGUGAGUGAAAACAGAGAGAAUUCGGAAGUUAGACUUAAUGGAGACGCUUCUUCAGACAGUGGGUCUAGUUCAGACAGUCAAAAAGAGGUGAAAAAGCCUCCCCCAGGCUUCAAACUACCACCUCCGCCUGGUUUCGGGAAUCGAUUUUCCGAUUUUCCUUCCUUGGGAGUUCCUAACGAUUUGACUUUCACAACUAGUUCAGGUCAAUCCUUUUCGAUUGUUUCAAAGCCAAACAAUUAUAAGCAACCUAUGAACGCUGUAGUCAGGAACCAGAACAUUGUCAAAAAGUUGCGGAUGGUUAGCGGAGAGGAGGUAGUGCAAGAAUUCAAGAAUCGGUCUGUGCAGUUCCACAACGGUCAACUGAGUGGUCAGAAAUUCUAUGAUUAUUGUAAGACAGUGUUUGGGCCCAACUUUGAGGAUUUCUUCCCGGAAAUGCUGGUACUGUUGCCUGAUAUUGAGAAGCAGCAAGAACUGUAUGGCAUACUUGCCGGAAAAGCCAAAAAGAACCUGCUGGUUUGCGAGAAUUGCAGACAGGUAAUUUUCAAGAAAGAACUGACCGAUCAUUAUAAAUAUCACACAUUCGAAAAUCAAUUCACAAGUAGAAUGACGAGCAAAGUUAACAAUGAGAAUUCAUGGAAUAAGUGAUUUUUGUUCCUGUUUUCUUUGCUUUGAAAAAACAAAGAAUAUUUCAAUAAAUAAUCAUGUUCCACAGUCUGUUACUGUUAAAUCACUAAGGAGAAGUUGCAUUUCAUUUUGGACUCCCUCCAAAUGCAAUAUUUAUAUUUCGACAUUUUUUUUACCAAAUUUUGCUUCUUAUUUUCCUAUUUGAGUUUCCCCAUCUUAUUAAUCAUAUUUUUUAUCCCGCAUUGGACAAACUAGUUUUUUUUUUCAGUUUGAAUAUUGGUGUUUGUAUAAAUUAUAAAUAUUAGUUCAAUAAGGCUAUAAUAUAUUAGAAAGUAGUUUUUCAGUUCAUUCUAAUCAAUCCUUGAUCUUUACUUUGUUAUUUCCGUUUUUUCUUUGUUACAUUACAUCAACUGUUGUUCAAAAAAGUUGAAACACUACCAUAUUUCUUCAGAAUCAAAAUUCCUACUUAUUUUCGUCUUUGUUUUUUACCCUAGUUCAUUUAUCAACUUCGAUUACAUUUUGUAAAAAUGUAAAUAUAUAUAUAUACAUAUUCUUUACUUUUAUAAGGUACUUACUACUUAGGCAUAUUCAGAUUUAUGACUAAUGUAAAUUCAAAGAUGACAAAUAAAGUAUUUUUUACACCUAA